AUGUCUCCAGCCCCAGUCGGUGAAAAAUGGUGGAAGAACGCCAUCAUCUACCAGAUCUACCCGGCCAGUUUUAAAGACUCCAAUAAUGACGGUAUUGGCGAUAUCCCCGGGAUCAUCUCCUCUCUCGACUAUAUCACCAGCCUUGGGGUUGACGUGAUCUGGAUCUCACCGAUGUAUGACAGCCCCCAAUACGACAUGGGGUAUGAUGUCGCCGACUAUGAGAGUGUCUACCCACCAUACGGAACAGUUCAGGACAUGGAGGUUCUCAUCGACGAGUGCCACCGUCGCGGCCUGCGCAUUAUUCUGGACUUGGUCGUCAAUCACACCUCCCACGAACACAAGUGGUUCAAGGAAUCGCGGUCGUCCAAAUCGAACCCCAAGCGGGACUGGUACAUUUGGAAGCCUGCAAAAUACGACGUCAAUGGAACCCGCAAGCCCCCGAACAACUGGCGCAGUAUCUUCGGCGGGAGUGCUUGGGAGUGGGAUGAACAAUCCCAGGAAUAUUAUCUCCAUUUGUUUUGCAAGGAACAACCGGAUCUCAACUGGGAAAACCCGGAGACCCGCCGCGCAAUUUAUGACUCAGCCAUGGAGUUCUGGCUGCAGAAGGGCGUCGAUGGAUUCCGUGUGGAUACAGUGAACAUGUACAGCAAGCACCCAGAAUACCCAGAUGCGCCGGUCCUGGAUCCCAAGUCUGAGACUCAAAUGUCGCCAGCGUUGUUCUGCAAUGGACCUCGGAUUCACGAAUACCUCGCUGAGAUGAAUGAGGUACUUUCAAAGUAUGACGCUAUGACGGUAGGAGAGCUACCAAAUACCCACACUGUCGAUGGCAUUCUGCGGUAUGUGUCCGCCGCACAGAACCAGCUCAACAUGGUCUUUCAGUUCGAUAUCGUAGACCUCGGACAAGGGAAGGACUAUAAGUUCUUGACUACGCUGCCAGGCUGGACCCUGCCGGAGCUCAAGGCCGCUGUCAAGGGUACGCAAGAAAUCAUGAGUGGGACAGACGGGUGGUCCACAGUGUUCACGGAGAACCACGAUCAGGGUCGGUCCAUCUCUCGGUUUGGAUCCGAGAAAACUCCAGAAUUGAGGGUCACAUCGGCGAAGAUGCUUGCAAUGAUGCAGGGUGCAUUGUCAGGCACUCAAUUCAUCUACCAAGGCCAGGAAAUUGGCAUGGUCAAUGCGCCGGAGAGCUGGACCAUUGACGAAUAUAAAGACGUCGACAGCACAAACUACUACCAAAUGGUGCAGAACGUUUCAAAGAAUGACCCGGUGGAGCUGGCAACCGCUAUGGAGUCACUGCAACGCUUUGCGAGAGACCAUGCCCGGCUUCCUAUGCAGUGGAGCCCCGAGGCUAACGGUGGAUUCUCUUCCUCGUCGGGAAAGACAUGGAUGCGUGUCCACGAUAACUACCCCGAGAUAAACGUGAAAGCGGAGGAGAACGACGAGUCCUCUGUCUUGUCGUUCUGGAAACGGGUUAUUCAGCUACGUAAAGAAUAUGCCGAUAUCAUGGUCUUUGGGGAAUUUGAGAUCCUGGAUGAGCAAAACGAGAAGGUGUUCACAUAUAUCAAGCGAGGGCAGGAGCAGUCGGUUUUAGUAGUACUGAACUUCUCAGAGGAUACACUGACAUUCGAGAAACCAGCUGCGGUGCAAGAUCCGAAGGUGUUGCUGCGUAACGUUGAGGGGGAUCUGAGCAAGUUGCAGCCAUUUGAGGGACGUGUGCUUUUGUUUUAG